AUGGUGAAGGAACCUCGCUGGAUUUGGUUUGAGAUUGAGAAUGAAGCUUGCCGGAAUCGCAGAGCCACCGCCAAUGCUGGUCAUGGUUGGAUGGGGGACAAGCAGUCAAUAAUGGAGAUAGUAGGAGUUGUUGUCCAACUUAUGGAAUGUAUGUCACCUUCAAUUUCCCAACGCUGGAAAGAUCAUAGAGAUGUCUACAGGAGCAUGGACACUCUCAAGCAGCGAUUGGAAGACUUGAAUUGUCGAAGGAAUGACAUAAAAUCAACACUAGACAAGGAGAGUGAGGAAGGAGAAAUAGAGUUGAGGAGCGAAGUUGAAACUUGGUUGAGACGUGUGGAAAUGAUUAAUGAAGAAGUAAAUGAUAUUGAAGUAAGAGUAAGAAAAGCAAAAUUCUUUUCUCGUGCUGGUCUCGCGAAAAAUGUUACGCAAAAGAUGGUGGAGGUGGACGAACUUCGUGAAAAAGGCACAUUUCCGGAAGGCCUGGCUUUAUCAAUUACAAAACGUGGAGAUUUAUUACCGACCACAACAACAUUGGGAGGAGAAACUACAUUCCAAAGAAAAGUCGAGGAGAUUUGGGCUAGUUUGUUUGAUGAUAAAGUUGCAAAGAUUGGAGUUUGUGGCAUCGGUGGGAUUGGUAAAACAACUGCCCUUGAACAAAUCAACAACCGUCUUUUAAAAGAACAAAAGGAUAAGUUUGACAGUGUGAUUUGGGUGACUGUAUCAAAGGAUUCCAGUGUGUGGAAUUUACAAGAUACAAUUGCACGCAAGUUGGGUUUAGAUAUUUCAAAUGAUAAUGAUCAAAAAACAAGGGCAGCAAAGCUAUAUGCAAGACUUGGUACAAGAAAGAGGUAUGUACUCAUUCUUGAUGAUUUGUGGGAACGUUAUUCUCUUGAAGAUGUUGGAAUUCUCGAGCCUACUUCCCAAAAUGGAUGCAAAUUAAUCGUCACAACACGUGCUCUUGAUGUUUGUCGCGGCAUGGAUUGUAAAGCAAUCCAAAUGGAGCUUCUAUUAGAAGAGGAGGCGUUGAGCCUUUUCCAAUCUAUAGUUGGCUGCAACGUCAUGUCUGACCCAAAUUUGGAAGUGAGUUUGAAGGAAGUUGUUCGAGAAUGUGCACGUUUGCCUCUUGCAGUUGUUACAAUAGCGGCAAGAUUGAAAGGCAAUGCUCGACUUGAUGAGUGGGAGAUUGCAUUAGAAGAUUUGAGAGAAUGUACAAAGGGGUCUAAAUAUGAUGGAAUAUUUGAAAGGUUGAAGUAUAGUUAUGAUCGGUUGAAUGAUAAGAGACUUCAAGAUUGUCUUUUGUAUUGUGCAUUAUACUCUGAAGACUAUCCGAUCGACAGAAAUUAUGUGACAGAACAAUUGGUGGUGGAGAGAGAGACGAGGCAGUCACAGAUUAGAAGGGGUCGGGUAAUUCUAGACAGACUUGUUAAUGUAUGCUUAUUGCAUGAUACAAUUGAUUCUAAAGGUAACAAAUGCGUGAAGAUGCAUGAUAUGGUCAAACAUAUGGCACUACAAAUUACAUGUGAGAGCCCACGAUUUUUGGUAAAAGCAGGUGUAGGAUUGAAAUCCAUACCAGAAGAAGAAUUUUGGAAAGUGGACCUUGUAAGGGCUUCUUUGAAUGACAAUCAUAUACGGGAUAUUCCUUCCAGUAUUGAAGCGCCAAACUGUGCUAACCUUUCGACAUUUUUAAUGUCAAGAAACCCUUUUUUAGGUAGCAUUCCAGAUCAUUUUUUUCUUAAUAUGAAGAAGCUAAGUGUUCUUGAUCUAUCUAACAAUAAGUCGCUUCAGAAUCUUCCAGAUUCAGUAUCCGACUUAGUGACUCUGACUGCAUUGUUCCUUAGAUACUGUCAAAGAUGUAGAUAUGUUCCAUCUUUAGCAAAACUCACGAAUUUUAGGAAGUUGGACUUAAAGGCGUCAGCCAUAAAUCAAGUUCCCCAAGGGAUGGAGAUGUUACUUGAACUUCGAUACAUGGAUUUCGGUGAUACAAACAUAAAGAUAAUACCUGAAGGGAUUUUAUUCAAGCUCACUAACCUCCAAUACCUCUCACUUAAUGGUGGCUGGAAAAUAGGACCAGAAGUAAGAGGAUGGGAGUUGGAAAAUAUGAGAAAGCUAGAGACUUUUGAAGGUGUAUUAUAUGACAUCAAUAGUUUUAAUACAUGUGUAAGAUCUCUUGAGCACUCAGGAGCUGCCUCAUACAAACUUCAAUUGGGAACUGGUUUAAGGUCGCCGAAAAAACUUAUGACAUACUUGGGAGGGUUGCAGCAGAUGGAGAAUGCCAACUAUUACUCCCUAAAGACGUUGAGGUCCUACUUAUUCAGCCUCAAAGAACUUGUUCUUAUAGAGCUGCCCAACUUGCGCGGGUUGAUCCGGUGGGAAAGAGGAGCUUCAAUGUCACCAUUCCCAUCCGGAACCUUUUCCUCUCUUAUUCACUUGAAAAUCUGUGAAUGUGACAAAAUAAAGAAAGUAUUUAUGGUGGAUUCACUCCCAAAUUUGGAAGAACUUUAUCUUGAAAGAUGUAAGCAGCUGAAAGAAAUAAUAUCAACCAGUUCCGAUGAUGAUGAUGGCGAUGAAGGAGAAUGCGACCAUCGCGGUGUCAAUAUUCUGACUCUCCCUAAACUUAGGGAAUUACGGUUGUCGAAGCUACCUCAAUUGGAGAGCAUACCGAUCGUUGCUGAUUCCUUGCAAGGAAUAUUAAUAGAGGUUUGUCCAAAGUUGAAAAGGCUCUCUAUUCUUGACAGAGAACCAUGUCCUCCUUCUCUGCAACGUGUGUCCAUUCGUAAAGUCAAGUGGGAAUGUUUGAAGUGGGAUCAUCUGAACGCUAAGGACUUUGUCCAAGCCCUGAGAACACCGGCCAGGUGA